UUCGAGCUUCUGCAAUUCCACCUUUCCGCAACGCAUAACGACAGACAUGGAAGGCCACAAUACUAACGGAUAUCCGCUUUACAGCCUAAGUAUUCAGCCGGAUGCGGACUUUGACAACCAUCAGCCUUUUCCAAUCUCUAUGGCGCAAACACAUGAGCACCGUCCGAAUACAAGCCGGACUUCCGUGAACCCUAACAGUUCAGGAUAUUCCAAUCACUUCCCCCUCAACUCUCUGCAGGAUACUUUUGGCCAAUGGCAAGAUCCUCCGAUGCCGCAUUAUCACUAUGCAGAGUCUUCACGAUCAUCUUUCUCUGAUUUUCGCAACUCCGGCUAUAGCAUCUUUUCCCAGCGCCCGAGGAAUUCCAUUGCAUCAACCAGCACGACUGGGACCGAUUAUUCAGAUGUGCCUCAGGAGUACCACGUUCAUCAGAGCGCAAGUCUACGGAAUGUAAACACAUCAGCUUUGACCGUGCGGCCGCCGGAUCCCGCCGCCGAAGAAGUAAUAGGGUGGUCCCCAGUACGGAGCGCAAAAUACACUCGUCAGGUAAAGGUCGUGAAAGAGCCAUUCCCAACCUGUGUCUCAAGACCGAAAAGAAAAAGCCGAUCUACCAAGGAGCCAAGAUAUUGGUGUACCUCUUGCGGUGGGGGAUUCCGGGAGAAAUGUGACUGGAUACGGCACGAGGAAACGUACCAGGAACGGUCUGCGAUGUACCAGUGUGAUCUCUGCAAAAAGACGUAUUGUCUUGACAAAGACUUCAUCAAACACCAUCAAGAUAGCCACCGAUGCCUGACAUGCGCAGAGAACAAUCAGCACCUAGGUGGCGCAAGGAAGAAGCGGAAGCAAAGAAGAGCCUGGGGCUGUGGAUUUUGUAUUCACUUUGACACAAACUGGAAGGAGAGAUGCAACCACAUCGCAACCCACUUCGAAUCUGGUAACAAGAUGACUAACUGGAAGCACACGUUGGUGAUCUUGUCACUGCUAAAACAGCCCCAUGUCUGCCAGGAACAGAUCCGUCUUUACGAGUCUAAAGGAGUGCAAAACCCUUAUUUCGGGUGGAAUGAGCAUACGACUGGCCGAGCGGAAGGUUACCCGGACGGUCUCUGCGCUCCUCAGCUCCAGGACUUGCUAGAGUUCUUUAGUCCUGGCCAGAAUGCUCGAUAUAUUGUUGAGCUAGCCUGGGCUAAAGGAUAUCGGCCGAAUCCUCCAAUAUCCAAUGACACUCCCGAACCUUCCAACCUAGAUCGAUCCACCGGGAAUAAGAGCAGAGGUAGCGAGAAAAGUCGGCCACAGGAUUUGGCGUCUACAUUGGCUCCUCGACAAAUGGGUGCUAGGAGAUCGGAAAAUCAGUCAACUCAUGCUGGGUAUUCCGAAAAAGAGCUCCCUUGCCUUCCUCCAGUGCCCCCCGUUCCACUAAAAAACGAUUCAAGUGCUGACCUCACAUCUCUCUCGGAAAAUCCGUUGAAUGUUGGGUUUGAGUCAUGGGCUCCGCUCACCACUACAAUACCCGAAGACGAGAUCCUUCCAGAUACCUGUGACUUUGACAUGAUGGAUCUAAGUUUCACCACCGACCUGACCCAAGAGCUGUCAAUCCUCAACGACUUUGAACGAACAAAUGCCUGGUAGUGGGCAUCCAUGUCAGCACACACACGAUUUGUAUCACCACGGACGAGCCCUUUCCCCCAAUGUCUGUCUACAGGGCGGAUUUAAUUGUAAUGUGAAUGAUAAUGGGAAUAGUAACGGGAAUG